AUGGAAGGAGACGAAUCACCUAUUCUGAAUGACAUCAUUUUUAAUUCAACAGCAAUGAUAUUUGAAAAUAACGAAGAUAGUCUACUUUCUCUUGAUUUUAAUGAUAUCGAUAUGCCAAUCGAUCCUGGCCAAUUGUUUUCUUCGUUUGAUGAAUAUUCUUCAAAACAUGAAGUGGAAGUAGAAGCUAUAAAAUCUAUCGAUAAAUUUUUCAUAAAUUCUAACUUCGAUAUCCCACAAACUAUAUCCGUGCCACCAUCGAAUUAUAACGAUGAACAAAAGCAAAAUAUUAUUUCCAACAAUUUUUCAUCUGUAAAUUUAAAAAAUAAUUUUGAUAUUUCACUUUCAUUUAUUAAUCCGCCAGAACCGAUCUAUCAUGUACGAUAUGUAAGCGAAAUUACAAAUUUACCGAUCAAUGGAAACAGAGUUAAUACAAAAAAUGUUAAGAAAAAUCUAUCGGGCCGUUAUGUAAAAGGAGAACGUGGUCGUUACGUUACUAUCGAGCUUCCUAUUAUUUUAUCAGAUAGUUCUAAUCUCUUCAUACGAGUUACUCGUCUUACCGUGCCUUAUCAAGAUACAUCAUUCAUUCAUCCAUAUCCGCUUCUUUAUUCAUGUGCAAAGCAAAGAAGACAUUCUGACAUUAUUAUCCAAGGCUCAUCAAUCUAUUUUAAAAUAAACAAAGAAGAGAUUUGUUCUCGUUCAAAACACUUUCCUAAUAUGAUUCUUACUCGUCUGAAACAAUGUCAACUUAAACAUAUCAAUAAUUUAUAUGCAUUUGAAAACAACGAAAUGCCUUGUCCAUUUGUUGGACACAAUGCAAAAAACAAAAUUGCACGUUAUCAAUUGAAAAAAUCUCAAAUCGAUUUUCGUUUAGUAAUUAAAUGUGACAAAACUGGUGAAUUUCUCAAUACAAAUAUUUUCUGUCGUUCAAAUUCGCUGCUUGAAGAAGAAGGAAUCUACUCAAAAAAGUCAUUAUCUUGA